AUGCUUCAGACUCCUGUGUUGGCUUUGAUAUUUGCGUGGCUUGCUUACGCUGCAAUCAGGCACAGGCUCUCACAAAAGGCAAAGACGAGCACUUGUUCACCCCCGCCUGUUCAUUUCUCCUGGAUUCCCUUUGUUGGUCACAUCUUUGGGAUUGCAACUAAAGGUUCUAACCUGUACAUCUCAUCGCUAUGUUCAACCCAACGCUCGCCGAUGGAAACUCUGAAACUCCCCGGAAUGGACAUGCAUUUGAUUCACCCGCUGGACUCGGCUAGUAUCAAACAAUUUACGGGAAUGCGUCACUUAAGCUUGAUGUCCGUUUUCCAUGUUGCUGUUGGGCCCGCCAUGGGCCUUGUACCCGCAAGCCAGAAAUUUCUCACCGAUCCUGAUACUGGUGUUUUCAAGCGAGAAUUAUCGAAGUUGUUCAAUGGCGAGCUCCGCAGCCUACAAAAUCUCCGGAAUUAUGCAUCUCUGAUGGACCAAAAGAUUGAAAACUACUGGCGCGAGGCCUUUCCAGAGUGCGAUUCAGAAGCUGAAGUUGGUCUUGGAUCCUGGAUUUUUGAUUUCCUUUCUCGCUCGAUGGGCGCUAUAUUUUGGGGGGAAGACGGACCCUUCGAAGAUGAGAAAUUUCGCGAUCACCUCAGACUUUUCAUUCAAAAUCUGGAGACCUUGCGCAAUCCAAUUUCGUGGCUGAUACCAUCUGAGCUACGUUCAGCGCGGAAAGUCGUUCGGUGGAAGAUCGAUCAAUGCGUUGAAAACGGAAAUUACGGAAAUAAAGAAAAGCAGGGAGUGACACUCUUUGAGCGGCUCGCUUCUCUCUACGAAUCCCUCGAGAUCCCUCGGGAGGGAUUUACCGACUGCCAUUUGGUCGCAAUUGUCGGACUGAUGUCAAAUGUCAUCAACAUACUAACGUGGGCAUUUUGCGAAAUUGUGGCUGAUUCAGAGCUAUUGGUUUCCCUGCUGGCUGAGAUUAAAGCCACUGUCGAUGAUUCAUCCACCAACCCGGCCAUCGAUGUGGAACAAAUUCGAUGCUCUUGUCCACUUCUAGUGGCUACAUGGUACGAGCUUCUGCGUACAUAUGGGGAUUCUCCCGUUGCACGCGGCGUGCAUGAGGAUAGCGUCUUCGACAACAAAUAUCGACUUAGGAAGGGCUCGAUCAUUAUGACUCCAAUUCAUCUGCACAAUUUCAGCAUAGACAUAUGGGGAGAAGACGCGGAGACAUUCCGACCCAGCCGGUUUCUCCAGAAUGACGGACAAGUUAAACAGGACCUAGUCAAGCAUCUCAACGUCUUCGGCCUCCCAGGCAUGCACCAGUGCCCUGGGCGGUACCUUGGUAUGAAUUUAACCCUCGGAAUGUUGGCCAAAGCUCUCAUCACCUUCGACUUUACCCCAACACCUGGCGAGGCCCUCGGACGAGGGAUCCUUCCCAAGCGAAAGGAUACUAUGUUGGGGCUGCCGGCUCUGAGCCGAGACCCCAGUGUCAUCGUGAGACGCCGCGAGGGAAUUCGAGCAUUGCAUCUUAAUUUUGAUAAAGUGAGACCGGGGUGGUAG